AUGGGGUCCAAAUCUAUUGAAAAAGUCGAUGUGGCCAUCAUCGGCGCAGGAUGGUAUGGCCUCGUUGCAGCACGCACAUACCUGCGCUUGUGCCCGAAUGUCAAUUUACUGGUAAUUGACUCCGACUCGACGGUUGGUGGUGUAUGGAGUGAAGACAGGUUGUAUCCCAACCUCGUCGCCCAGGUGAACCUUGGAUUAUUCAAUUACACCGAUACGCCAAUGCCCAGUGUAGGCGUUACCGGCGAGAGACAAGUGACCGGGCGUAUGAUCCAUGAUUAUCUCCAGCAAUAUGCCGAAGACCAUAACCUUCUCCCACACAUCCGUUUCAACACGUUCGUUACUCAAGUUGAUCGGACCUCCUCAUCGGGCGGAUGGCGGUUGACACUCCGCGACUCUUCGAAGAUUAUCGAAACCGCCAAGCUGUUGGUCGCGCCCGGAGUCACUUCGAUUCCGAAUAUGCCUGAUAUUCCUGGGAUUGAGCAGGAUACCUCAAAAGUGCCAGUGAUCCAUUCGAUGGACCUCGGCAAGUCGUUCUCUGAGUUGCAGGGCCCUGAAAUCAAAAAGGUCAUCGUGGUUGGUGCUGCCAAGUCUGCUUACGAUGCGGUGUAUCUCCUGCUCACCAUGGGGAAAGAAGUCACUUGGGUCAUUCGAGGAGAUGGAGCAGGGCCCUUGGCCAUCCUGCCCUCUACACUACUUGGAAUAUGGACCAGUAUUGGUGUGGCAUCGACAAGACUAAUGACCGGGUUGAGUCCCUCCAUUCUCAACACGGAAGGAUACCUUUACUGGAUAUUUCAGAAGUAUCCCAUCGGACGCUGGCUGACUGAGCGGUUCUGGGACACUGUUGCGAUGCUGAGUGACCUCCAUGCUGGAUAUCACAAAGGAGGUCAUGUCGCUGGUCUGCGCCCUGAGAUUGAAAACAAGAGUAUAUUCUGGGCAAACUCCGGAUUAGGGGUUGUUACUCUUCCAGACUUUUGGUCAACCAUCCACAAGGGUAAAGUACGCGUGGUGCGAGAGAGCCUGAAAAACAUCGAUGGCAAUGCUCUAGUCCUGCAGUCAAAUGAGAGAGUGCCCACAGAUUACAUCGUGAUGUGUACUGGCUGGGGCGAUCACUUUGCAUUAUUCGACGCAGAGACAAAACAAGAAAUCGGGCUUCCUGUCCACCCCGUGCCGAAGAAUCAGAAACUCGAUCAAGGCCCCGACCGCUGGGCGCAGGCUGAUGAAGAUGCCGAUGCAGCGGUCAAUCUCAAGCUGCCGUUCCUUGCACACGCGCCCGCGGUACGGAACCCAGGUAACCUCCAGCGACCUCAGAAGAAAUGGCGUCUCUACCGACGCACUGUCCCUCUUGAGUUGGCUGAGAAGGGGGAUCGCUCGCUCGUAAUCCUAGGCCAGAUUCAUACUGUGCAGACCCCGCUAGUGGCCGAAAUGCAAUCUUUCUGGGCUAUUUUGUAUCUUCUUGGUCGGGUUACUCUCCCAGAUAGCGACACCAUGGUUCGAGAGAUUGCCGAGUGGAACGCUUGGACUAGGAAGCGGUACCUGAGCCAGGGACAGAAGUUUCCUUACUCCCUUUACGACUUUUUGCCGUAUGUCGAUACGCUAUGCAAGGACUUGGGGAUCAACUCUCGGCGAAAGUCGAACCCUGUAGCGGAGAUCUUCUCCCCGUACCGCCCCGAAGACUUCAAUGGUUUCAUCGACGAGUAUUUUGCCAAUCAAAUGAAUAGUUCGGUCUCUCAACCCGCAGUUUCGACUCGACUUUCGUCUACAUUGGGAAUUUUCGGGUUCAGUCUCGCCUUUAUCAUGAUUCUCUCUACUAUUGCCAUCAUGGUGUGA